AUGGCGGACAGCGUUCCGCACCCGUCCGCGCACUGGCACGCCCUAGGCGACGGCGGCGUCUUUUACCGCCGUACGCCCCUCUACACGCUCGAGCCUGGCGCGCUUCCUCCGUUGGAUGAAUGUAUCGUGUCGGGUGCACGGUUUGGCGGGCCCAUAGCUCUUAUGCGCGACACGAGCAAAGUCGUCGCCCUCGGCCGCCCCUCCCAAGGCCCGCUCCUCGCGAAAGGCCAAGUCGCGAUCUACUCCUCCGCCGGCCGCCAGCUGCUCCUCCUAACCUGGUCCACCGCGCGCCUCGUCGCCCUCGGCUGGACGUCCUCCGAGCGCCUCGUCCUCCUCAACGAAGAGGGCACCUACCGCCUCUACACCCUCAGUGGCGAGUACGAGCAGCACACGCUCGGCGGGGACGUGGGCGACGUGGGGGUGCUGGACGCGCGGGUGCAUGGGGAGGGCAUGGUCGCGCUCAGUGGCUCCUUGGGGCUGCUGGAGGUGCGGGGGUGGGAGGGCGGCAGGGCUGUGCCGCUGGCGAGCGGAGGGGUGCAGCUCGAUGCGCCGCCGACCGCGUGGACGGUGAUUCCGCCGGACUACGCCGCGUCGAGGCAUACAGAAGCAUUAAUAGCGACGUCCACGACGAUAUGGACCGUCGACGCCCUCGACGCGUCAGACCAGCGUUUGGGCAGGGGCCCGUUCACGUUCAUCGCGUGCAGCCCGAACGGGAAGAGCCUCGCGUUACUCAACUUUGCGGGGCUGCUGUGGGUCGUGAGCGCGGAUUUCCAGAGGAGCCUGGCGGAGUAUGAUACGACGGGGGAUGCGGAGGAUGAGGAUGGGGAGGUGAGGUGGGUGGAGUGGGUGGGCAACGAUGCGGUGGCUGUGGGGUGGAGGACGAGGGUGGUCGUCGUCGGCCCGUUCGGCGAGACGCUCGAAUUCACAUACUCCGGCCCAGCAUACGCCAUCUCAGAGCCCGACGGCCUCCGCAUCCUCUCGCCCGACACAUCCGACCUCAUCCAGAAAGUGCCCGCCGCCUCUCUUUCGGCUUUUAGACCGGGUAGCACAUCGCCCGCCGCGAUCCUCCUGCACGCCCAUGCGGGCUUCACGGGCGCCGCGGGGCGAGCGGACGAGGAUAUACGCGCUAUACGGCCUGAGCUCGCGAGCGCUGUCGAUGCGCUCGUGCAGGCGGCGGGAGAGGAGUGGGAGCCUUUCUGGCAACGCAAACUCCUCAGCGCAGCGAACUUCGGGAAGGGCUUUCUGGAUCUGUACGACCCGAACGAGUUCAUAGCGAUGGGCCGCGCGCUCAAAGUGCUCAACGCGGUCCGGUUCUACGAGAUCGGGGUCCCGAUCUCGUACGUCCAAUAUCAGCACACCUCGCCCUCGUCCCUCAUCUCCCGCCUGACCUCGCGCUCGCAACACCUCCUCGCACUCCGCGUAUCCGCCCACUUGGGCCUCCCGCCCGAUACGGUGCUCAAGCAUUGGGCCGCGGCGAAGAUCUCGCAUGCGCGCGCCAAAACGGGCGGCGCGGCGGGCGAUCUUGAUGAGGAGGUGUGCCGGAGCAUCGUGGCGAAGUUCGAGAAGCUGGGCGGUGGGGGGGUCAGUUAUGCGGAGAUUGCGCGGAAGGCUUGGGAGGUGGGGCGGUCGGGGCUGGCCACGCUCCUCCUCGACCACGAACCCCGCGCGGCGGACCAGGUCCCGCUGUUGCUCGCUAUGCAAGAGGACGGGCUGGCGUUAAGGAAGGCGGUCGAUAGCGGUGACACCGAUCUCGUGUAUCAUGUGCUGUUACAGCUUUACACCCGCCUCCCGCUCGGCGCGUUCUUCAAGCUGAUAGAGGAUGGCGGGCCGCGGCUGCAGCCUGCGUCCAAACUGCUGCAGGUCUACGCACGCGCGCAAAACCGCGAGAUGCUCCGCGACUUCUACUUCUCCGACGACCGGCGCGUCGACUCCGCCGUGCUCUCCCUCGAAGACGCGCUCGCCCUCCUGCCCUCCCUGUCCCCACCGCUCCCCCCUCAGUCCCUCUCACCCCCCACGCAAUCCAUCAACGCCGCCCCGGCCGUCGAAUCUCUCCGAAAGGCGCAGAAGUUCUUCAGCGAGGAUCGCGAGAGAGCGUGGGAGGCGAAGCAGAUGGACGACUUCGCGCGUCUGUUGGGGCUGCAGGAGGGCGUGGAGAGGGAGCUGGAGGGACGGGUGCGGGUCGUGGGGCUGAGCGUUAGCGAGACGAUACGUGUUUGCCUCGUCAACGGUCUACCCAAACGGGCGGAGAGCGUCAGGAGCGGGUGGAAGGUCCCCGACAAACGGUUCUGGUGGAUAAAGCUGCAAGCGCUCACGCAGAUACGCGACUUCGAGGCGCUCGAGACGUUCGCGAAGUCCAAACGCUCGCCUAUAGGCUACGAGUCCUUCGUCCGGCACCUCCUCGAGAAGGGCCACCCGAAAGAAGCCGCAACCUAUGUAGCACGGUGCGAUGCGCCCCGGCGCGUGGAUCUGUAUGUGCUGUGUGGGGACUGGAGGGCUGCGGCGCGGGAGUGUAAGGAGCGGGGGGACAAGGCGCGGAUCGAACAGCUCAAGCGAAGCGCGCCGAACGAUCUCGUCGCGAGGGAGAUAGAGCAGGUCGCGAGUCAGAUGAAGUAG